GUAGAAGGGCGGCUGGGUCGCUGUUUCGCGUUCGUGGAGCCCGGCUCCUACCCCCCGCACAGAUCAUCAUCAAUCAACCCGGAGCCUAGCUCGCAUCAAUUCCACCCCCACACAGAUCAUUAAUCACACGGGGGUUGCAGCUAAGCUUCUUCGCCCGCCACCGCCACUCGGAUCCACAGUUCGGACUCGGAGGAGGCGCGCGCGGGCGGCGGAGCGGGGGCCGGAGGCGAUGGCGCACAUCCCCGCCUCCGUGGAGGACGCGCGGCUUAUUAUUGAUUCACUACGUGAAGAUCCCCUAUAUGGUCAACAACUGCCGCCGGUGUCUGAUAGUAUAAAUGAAAAUGCAUGCCAGCUCUGCAAACAGGAAAAACUCACUUUUGAACCCCCACCAAUGUAUUGCUUCCCUUGUGGUGCUCGGAUAAGGCGAAAUGGACCAUACUAUGCUUAUGAUACUCGUGAUACCCACCACUCUGUCUGCAUUCCAUGUUACAAUAAGUCCCGUGCUCACACCAUUGAGGUUGAAGGACAGAUGUUUCCGAAGGCCCGAUUUCAGAAAAAAAGAAAUGAUGAGGAAACUCAAGAAUGUUGGGUUAAUUGUGAAAGAUGUAAUUGCUGGCAGCAUCAGAUAUGUGCUCUGUUUAAUGACAUAAACUAUGAUGUAGAACAAGCAUAUACUUGCCUGUAUUGCUAUAUUGAGGAAGUGAAGCGUGGGCUGCACGUGCCUUCACCACAGAGUGCUGUUCUUGGGGCAAGUGAUCUGCCAAGAACUGCUCUUAGCGAUCAUAUUGAAGAGCGGCUUUUUAAACGGCUUAAGCUGGAGAGACAGGCUCGUGCAGUUCAGACAGGACGUAGUUUUGACGAGGUUGCUGGAGCAGAUGGUCUUGUGGUCAGAGUUGUUUCAUCAGUGGAUAAGAAGGUUGGAGUUAAACCACGUUUUUUGGAAACUUUUCAAGAAGAUAAUUACCCGACGGAAUUCCCUUACAAGUCCAAGGCUGUUCUUUUGUUCCAGAAAAUAGAUGGUGUAGAAGUCUGCUUAUUUGGAAUGUAUGUUCAAGAAUUUGGUGCUGAAUGCGCUUUCCCGAACCAACGUCGUGUUUACUUGUCAUACCUGGAUUCUGUGAAAUACUUCAGACCUGGGAUUAAAGCAGCCACUGGAGAGGCCUUGCGUACAUUCGUCUACCAUGAAAUUCUGAUAGGAUAUCUUGAAUACUGCAAGCAGCGUGGAUUCACAAGCUGUUAUAUAUGGGCUCGCCCACCUCUGGAAGGUGAUAACAUUUUUUAUUGCAAUCCUAUGAUUCAGACGACUCGAACAUCUGACAUACUCCGGGAGUGGUGCUUAGCCAUGAUUCGAAAAGCUACUAAGGAGGAGAUUGUUGUUGAGCUUACAAAUCUGUAUGACCAUUUCUUCAUUACUACGGGAGAGUGCAAGGCUAAGGUUACUGCUUCUCAUUUGCCUUACUUCGAUGGAGGUUACUGGCCAGGAGCUGCUGAAGAUAUGGUCAAUCAACUGCAUCAAGAAGAAGAUGACCAAAAGCUUCAGAAGAAGGGUAAUGCAAAGAAAAUUAUUAGAAAAAGAGCUCUUGAAGCUGCUUGCCACACUGAUCUAAGUGGAAACGCUUCCAAGGAUGAUAUGCUGAUGCAAAAGCUUGGGGAAACCAUUUAUCCAAUGAAGGAGGAUUUCAUUAUGGUCCAUUUGCAGUAUUCUUGUAGCCACUGUCGUAGCUUUAUGUCGUCUGGAAAACGUUGGGCUUGUCAUCAAUGCAGAAGUUUUUACAUCUGUGACAAGUGCUACAGUGCAGAACAAGAGCUUGAAGAGAGGGAGAGGCAUCCGAGCAAUAGUAGAGAAACACAUGAGCUCCAUCCGGUUGACAUUGUGGGUGUGCCUGAAGAGACAAAGGAUGGAGACGGUAUCAUAGAAAGCAAGUUUUUCGACACCAGGCAGGCGUUUCUCAGUCUUUGUCAAGAGAACCAUUACCAAUUUGACACCCUUCGCCUUGCCAGGCAUUCGUCGAUGAUGGUGCUGUACCACCUACAUAAUCCCACUCACCAGCGUUUCAAUAGGGCUGUGUAGUUACUCCAGUCUGUAGGGGGUGUAUAUAUAUUUGCAUAUGUAUGCCAGGACCAGCCCUGACGUUCCACUUAUGAAGCAGGCCGAGAAACGGUAGUGACUGUUUUACCGAACUCAUCUAUCUUUGCUCCGUGGAGAAAGCUGUGACUGUUAUACCGAAUCUCAACUGAACAAGAGGCGAUUGAGGCGUGUAUUAAUGUUGCUGGAUAUGAGUUUGAUGUUUCAUGCCAA